GAAAACAAGAAAGGGAUUUGGGGAAGGUGCUCAUGGCUGGGGAUGUGUUAUUCUCGCUACAGGGAGAGGGAUAGUGGGACCAUGCUGACAGCAAAGCACAGGAAUUAAAUCCCCAGCGCACCCAGAGGACAGAAAUGAUUCCCUUCACAGAUUUCCUAAGAGUGAAAUGGAGCAACCAUGAAUGGUGAUGCAGUUAGUAAAGACUCUUCCUCUCAGCCUCCUGACUGGAAGGAAUUUUGUGAGCUUCAUGCACAAGCGGCUGCCGUGGACUUUGCACAGAAAUUCUGCAGAUUUCUGAAGGAGAAUCCUCAUUACAAUGCUCCUGGGGCUGAAACAUCAUUCUCUCAUCAUUUUGCUGCCAAUUUUCUAGACUUCUUCAGUUUUGAGGUCAGCAGGGUAUAUGUGUCAGAUUCGCCCACAAAAUACAACAUAGUUCCUUUUGUAGGUCUACAAAACUGCCAGGUGCCUUUAGCAAGAAAUUUUGUACCCAGAAAAGAAGAAACGUCCACAGAAUCUUUAGACAGCAUGGACAAUCCAGUCACAAAUCGCUAUCUAAGCCGGACUCAGGCUCGUGUACAUAAAGUCUCAUCUUAUGGCCACUCACGAAGUUCCGAAGAUGUUUCGGUUCACGACAGCUCAAAAUCCAAAUUUAAAAAGGGCUUCUCUUUACGGAAUAUGAGCUUGUGUGUCGUGGAUGGAGUGAAGGAAAUGUGGCAUAGAAAGUCUUCUCCUGAGCCAAGUUUGGAUAAUGGGACAAUAAGGCGCUCUGAUCGUGAGCAUUGUACUUCUGGUAGCAAGGAACACGUCGAGCCACGAGAAAAAUGGACCCAAAAAUUGCGACUUUCAAAAAUGCAAGCAUCAAAAAUAGAUGUUGUUGACAUUCAGAGAGAGGGAACUCUCAGGUACAUGGUGGCAGAUGAUUCAAAUUGUGUUGGCAGCUCUCAGUGGCAGAAAUGCCGCUUACUUUUAAGGAAAGCAGUGAAAAUGGAGGGAGAAAGAUUCCUGCUUGAAUUUUAUGUGCCUCCAAAGUCUUCAAAACCUAAAGUAAGCAUUCCACUCUCUGCUAUUUUGGAGGUGCGGACCACCAUGCCCCUAGAGAUGCCAGAUAAAGACAACACAUUUGUGCUAAAGGUAGAAAACAGUGCAGAGUAUAUUUUGGAAACGAUUGACUCUCUUCAGAAGCACUCGUGGGUAGCUGAUAUACAGGACUGUAUUGAUCCUGGAGAUAGUGGGGAUGACAUAGAACUUUCAUCUUGUGAACAGGGAACCUGCUUAGCAGGCCAAGCCUCUUCAUGUAGCUGUGAGUUUUUGGCUGAUGGAUCUUUCCGACCUCUGGAGACAUGUGCUACAGAUUUUCCUGGCGCGUCUGCAGUUCCACCUCAUCCAACUUGUGCACCACCCCAGCCCAGAAACAGAGAUAUGUCUUCUGCAGAACAUCUCAUACACGUCCCACUUGAACAUUUUCUACAGACUUUGGAGCCCCCCACUUCUAACCACUUACCAGGUGAGGAAGGCGAGGAGGAAAUUGAGAUAAAUCUCUCUGAUUUCCCUUGGUUCCAUGGAACACUGUCACGGAUCAGAGCUGCUCAGCUAGUACUUUCUGGUGGAACUCGGAGUCAUGGACUUUUUGUUAUUCGUCAAAGUGAGACACGUCCUGGAGAAUAUGUACUGACCUUCAACUUUCAAGGGAAAGCUAAGCACCUGCGGUUGUCUUUAAAUGAAACGGGCCAGUGCCAUGUGCAGCAUCUCUGGUUUCAGACCAUAUUUGACAUGCUUAAGCACUUUCAUUCACAUCCGAUCCCACUGGAAUCUGGAGGAUCUGCUGACAUUACCCUGCGCAGCUUUGUUGUAGCCCAGCGCCAAUUAUCAGCAGAUCCUGCACCUCCCCAAAACGUGAGUGUCCAGCAACAAAACUGUAGGACUGAAACUCAAUCUCAACACUACUUUACCAGUUCUGGGGCAAGUAACAUGCAGCCAGUGUCUCCCCCCGAGAGCUCUGCCUCAGCCCCAGCCCCUCACCCAGCAUACCACCGAGUAGAAGGCACCCUCGGCACCCGGAGCCGUAGCAACAGUGCAGAACUUUUGCUAGAAUCACCCAAUGGGAGCACAGAAGAUUACCAUGAAAGUGAUGGGUCUCGAAGUAGAACUAGGGCUGUUGAGAACCAGUAUUCUUUUUACUAAAUCAUUUGGAAUUAAACCAGAGCACUACUACUACAUCUUCCUUCACUCACACUGUAUGGCCUGUAUUUACUAAGUGGUGCUAGUCUUUAAGCAAGCCACCAGAAUCAGGGGACAUUGGCAUGUCUUACUGAGUAGCACACCUUAGAACCUACCUACUGUUAUUAUUCGUGCGUUCAAUUUUUUUUUUUUCCUUAUGUAGCCUCUCCACAUCUUGAAAGUAUUGGUGCAUCUGAUUUCAUAUCACAUGCAGUAGUAAAUGGUUUCUUAGCUGUGAUACAACCCUAUAUCUUCCAGAAGAUAUUAUUUACAGAUACUAUCAGUAGGCAUAUUCCUAAAUCCAAUUGCAUCCAUUUUACUAACAAUCUAAGACCGUUAGUACAUAUCACCUGAGCAAUUUCCAGGUGGACAUGAGGGUAAAACACAUUCUGAGUUGUUGCACCCCAUACAUUUCAAUGGCAAUCAUUUAGACACACAGGUUCACUUGUAGAUAGGUGUUGGAAUCCGCACCCCCCCCCAACCCCCAAAAAAAAGCUUUACCCCACCUGUUUUAGUUAGAUCCAGUGCCUGUUUCAUUGCAGAGGAUCCCCCACACUUCUGGCCUCACCAGCACCCAAAAAAUAUCUUUCAUAUCUGCUUCACUUGUAGGUCAGGAAAAAGUUGCUUAAAAAGUUUAACUUGCAUCCAGAAAAAUAGGUGUUAUUGCCCCAAAAUGCCACUAUUAGUAUUGGGCUAGUUUUGCCAGUCUAAGCACAAUGUUGAAGCCAGUUUUACACCGGCCUUGUUACCCAUAGAAUUUUCUUUAAAAGAAAACACUUGAUUAGUUGCUAUUUGUUAGUAGACCCACUGCCAGCUUCAUUACAUUACACCAAAAAUGUCUUAAAAUAGCUUCCAUUGUUUACAAGAAGCUCAGCAUUGCUGAAAAGCGGUAUCUGCAUCAUGGAAGAACUGGUGCUACUCAUGCUAUACUCAGGCAACACUAACCCUUGUGCAAACCUGCCUGUAGACAGAAAUAAGACCAUAGCAUGAAAAAACUCACUUGGCAUCCACUUCUACAAGAAAUGUAAUGUGGUCUUUAAAGGGGGAGGUCAUGGAACAAUGUAAUUAAAGGCAACAAUGAUGACAAUAACUGAUAUUUAUCAGUUUUUAAAUUACCUGUGUGUGUUUAAUGAGUUACAUUUCUCCUCUCCCCCUCUUUUACCUGACAUAUAAAAGGACACUUGAUUACUAGAUUAACCAAUAUAGGGUGGCUAGAUUAAUUAGUUUAAAAUAUAUAUACAAUUAUAUGGUUUUCUUCUAUUUGUUCUCCAGCUUUCUAUUCAAACAGAUAGCGAUUGGAAUGACACAUUGGGGAUGGGAAGAUAGCAAAUAAAUUAUUUCAGUACCCUACCCCAAAGAAAAUUUCUAUGUGGUAAAAUACAAUGAAAAAUCAUUUUUAUGUGAACUUCUCCUUUAAACAGCAGUGCUGAUGUCUCGGCUAGAGUGUGCGCACACUCUCUUUCUCUCUGUCUCUUUGUGAUGUCAGACAGCAGGCAAGUACCUUUGAUGUAAAAACUCAGAAAACUGCUAAGUUGAGUCUCACUGACAGACAUUUUCUCUGAAGGGCCAAUAAUCCUUGAUCCACGAGGACAGCGGGAUUAUUGUUCCAUACAUCUCCUGAUGGUUAGGCAGUAUACUGUUGGUUCUGCUAUGUGAUCAGUUGGUACACUUGUGCCUAGUCCCUGUGUUCUAUGGCAUUCUAUAAAACAUUUUCCCAUAACAGCAACCUGAAGCUUUACGGUUACCUUUUAUUUUUACCCGAGAGGGCAAAACACAACGACCAUUUUUUCUGAGAUCUUAAAUGUCACUGUUACCAGUAACAUGUUCUUAAGGGGUUUAAAUUGUAUGGGCUCUCAAGAUUUCUGGGAACUAGAUGUUCUACCUUCUUUUACUAUCCAUUUUGAGGCCAAGGAUGCUGGGAGUUGCAGUCAGUGGCAGCUACAGGGCAAGAAGCCUGCCAUCCCUGCAAAUUCAAGAUGCAACAAAAUGCAGUUUCAAAAAUAAUACUUUUUUUUUUUUUUUUUUUUAAAGAAAUUUGUUUUCUAUGUAGACCAGUUGUAUAAAUUAACUUUUGUUGUAGUAUAAUUAAGUAAUUUAAAAACUGCCAAAAUACACUCCUGUAAAGCAUAAUGUUCAUAUGUUUUGGUAAUGAUUUAGUAGUGAUUUUUUGAUAUUUGUAUGAUUUAUUCCCUUUUACCACAUAGUUCUUCUUAAAUAUCGUAGUAGAGUCUUUAAUAAAAUAUGUAUAAUUAUA